CAUGCAUGAAAUCAAUUUCACUGCGAAUAAUUUACGACUGGCGAAACAUGGAGGAGACUGCACUGAAGCCGGGGAUCUCUGUUUCAUACAUGGGGCUCUAACCGUAAUGGGGGCACUGGUCGGAGCGGUAUCCCUGUCGCCGGAGAACAGGCUACACCAUCACGGCAGCGGAGGGAACAAUUUUGCCCUACAGCGGUACGCCAUGGGCAAGGGUCGGCCACCACCGCCCUUGAUGGGGCCAGGGCCCGGUACAGGAGGCGGAGGAGGAGGGCCCGGUGGCGGAGGCAGCGGCGCCAGCCCACCAAGACUGAUGUCCCGAGCGGAUAAUCCGAUGUCGGCAACGCCACUCAACAAUCAAACCCUGGACCGAUACCGGCGGCUGAUUCCCUACAUGACAUUCUACAUUCCAUCACCUAAUGGCGACUUCAGCCUGCCAAUCAAUCAGGCGUAUAAUUAUAUGCCCAUUCGGCCGCAACGACCUCAAGAACCACAACAACAGUCACACCUUCAUCACAGUCAACAGAGUGGGAAGCAUUCGGUUUUAUCACUUCAGCAAUAUCAACGUCAACCACCACCGCAGAGUGGUUUGAGUGGUGAUCCGCCACUGGUUUAUCAAUCCUAUCAGCCGCAGGUUCAUCAAUCAGUACGCUACCAGUCCUCUCCUUCAGUGUCAUCUUCAUCGCCAGGAAACUCUCAAGGAAAUUCAUACAAGACGAUUCUGAUAAAUAAUACUCCAAUCAAGUACGAAUACUCUCAGCGUCAUCAAUUAGCCCCGUCGCAGUCAUCCCAAUCAUCCCCGGCUGGCAACCAUGACCCAAAUCUGGCUCUAGUAUACAACACCCGAACACAUUUACAGCAGUAUUACCACCAGCAGCAGCAGCAGCCACAUCAGCAACAGGGUCCACCUUCCAAGUUAUAUGCGAUUGAAAUUCAGCCACAGGCAACCAUACCAAAACCGCAGCCAUCGAUUCAACCGAACGGAUAUAACAGUGGGAGCAGCGAUCCGGACGAAGAACCCGUUCUCAAUCAUCUGCUGACAGCAACACCGGCCCCACCCGUUGUAGCCACUAGGAGUCCAAUUAAGUAUCAACCGGUUGCGGUUUAUAAGAAAUAUCAGAUAAAUCCGUUCCUACCUUCAAACAAAUUGCCAGGUGCCUUUACUCCAUUAGCGUACAACAAUGGCGCCCCUUCAGGUGGUCAGCCAUAUAUUGAUCAAGAUGACAUAUCGGAAGAAAUUGAAGAAAAACCGCUCCCACGUCCAACUCCAUCAUCGACUUAUGCGGUACACAAACUCCAAACAACCUACAUUCUCGUUAAACCAUCUCCUGAACCCAACCAACUGUAUUACCACGAAAAACCAUCCAAAAUAGCUACGCCAUCGGAAACAUAUGCAAUGUACAAAGAGAAACCAAACUACCUGGAAGACCAAGAACAGAGCUUCAAACCAAAACCAAUACCCAAGCCAAGCUAUGAACACGAAUUAGACAUAUACAAAACCCUCCCUAAACCGAUACCUUCACCGAAGCCGGCAUACUUGGACGAGCAAAUUGUUUACAAGUCACCAUCCAACCCGAUUCCAUUUCACAAGCAAAGUUAUUUAGAGGACCCGCUCUACAAACCUGGUAGUAAACCAGUCCAGGUUCCCAUCCCGGUGGCCGUCGAAUACUCGACUCCACGAACUGUUCCGUUCCGUGAUGAAUAUUCUACCCCACGUCCAUACACUCCGACAGUUCAAAAAGAAACUUACGUCGCCUAUAAUCCUCCUGCCCCAUCCUCGGUAUCUACGACCGCCCGUCCUAAGUAUACUAUCCGCCAUAAACCUUCGCAUCACAAGCAAAUUCGUGGUUCUACUAAGGCCCCUCCCAUUCGACAGCAUUUAACUGAAAAUCUAGGUCAAAGUGACAUCCGCUCCCCCAACCCGAAUUACUUCGACCAGUACGCUGACUACAAAAGCCAGGUCAGACAAAACUACUACUAUCAAAACACCUACAUACCGCUUUCGAAACCGACUAAAAUUACCAAACUAAUACCGACGUACCCUGAAGACAAACCCCAACCCGUCUAUCAACAUAACAAGCCUCGCCCCGCAAGUCCAACUCAAAUCAUCGACACGGCCAGUUCUUCCGGAUCGACAUCCCUCGCCGACCUGCUUAAGAAACUUCAGGACAGUAAUCACUUGCCGAAAACUCUAACACCCGAUAACAUCGACAACUCUAUCCGAACGCUCGUUAAAAUUUUGAACAAUCUCAAAGCCUCCCAGCAAGUACACCAGCAACCGGAGCAGGACUUCGCCGCCCCCGAAGAAUACGACCAUCACGUACCUGCGAGCGUAAAAUCGCCAUCGAAACCUCACAAAAAACCUUCCUCUCACCACAGCCAUCAGGACGAGUCUGGUUCUUUACUGCCACACCAUCCGGAACUGGGGCCAACACCACCAGGGCCAAACUCUGGCCGCCCUGGAGUAGACUAUCCCAAUUUAGCUGAAAUUCCCGAAACCAGCUUCAGCUGCAAGGAACAACGGUACAAGGGCUUCUUCGGCGAUCCGGAAACGAACUGUCAGGUGUGGCACUACUGCGAUCUGAACGGAGGCAAGGCGUCGUUCCUCUGCCCGAACGGGACUAUCUUCAGUCAGGUUGCCCUGACGUGCGACUGGUGGUUCAACGUCAAGUGUUCCACCACGGCACAGCUGUACGUGCUGAACGAGCGACUGUAUAAAUAUAUUCUGCCGUUCACGCCGAAGUUCCCAGAAGACUACAGUGGACCGCUAGUGGACAAAUACCUUGCCAUCAAGUUCCAAGAAAUGGAAGAGAAGAUGCAGAAGCAACGAGCUAAGGGUAAACAGGUGACCAAACCCCGUCCAGAUAUUGAAAACGACGACCUAAAUGGCAACAAACUGGAGGACAACGAUGACCGGUACAACCAAAAUCAACCGCACCCGGUCCAGUACGUGACGGAAAAUGCCCUGGAUGCGACGGCUCCAAGCGCGGCCAGUAUAGUGUCCGCCACGACGCCGGUUACUCUGGAGGAUAUCGACGCCGAGUAUGACCGGUCCUCCAGUGGAUCGAGUACCGCAGCUACCGCCGCGGGAGACACCGAAUCGGGAGAGGCGGCAUUGCCGCACAGUGCCCCCAUUGUGGUGACUGCUCCCAGCGCCCCUGCUAGUUCUACGGGGGCGGAAGACAUUGAAGUGGCGGACCGCACCCCGGUGACGGUGAUAGGGGAACCAAUGGCCCCGCAGGCGCGAUACGGAUCGCAAGAUCCGAACUCGGUACGACCCGCGCGACCGAGUGUAAUGCAAGCGCUGCGGGAGGUGCGAAUCGAGGUGAAAAACGACGGCACCAGCGGCCAUCUAACGCCAAGCCGCGGUUACGGAGAAUAGAACGUGUUAAAAGUCGAUUGCAAUGCCUGUGAAUAGUUAGUUAAUUAUGUUUCCUAAUUUUGCAAAUGGCACGUUCAGAAAUUUAACCAAUUUCUGGGGGAUUCUCCGUGAUUGAGAAUUUUCGUCAUUAAUCCAGAGAUGGUUGAACAUGUUAAUUAAAUAUCGUAUUACCUAUAUGUGUGCGCGAGUAUAUCUAAUUGAGAUGCUUAGAAUGCGACUUAUUUUUGAAUGAUUUAGCUGUUUGAUGUAAACUAGUAAAUUCCGUUGAACGGUUUAAUUUGAAGCAUUCAAUUAACUUGCUGUAACUCCGUGUACACUUUGGUAAUUUGUACAGUUCGAUACGGCAUUUAUUUGAAGAUAGAGUUAUGCAAUAGAAACUACUUGUGAAAUGAUUAUAAACCGAAAGUUUAUUUAAAAAAUAAUUCGCAUUCAGCUAUUAUCAAAAUGUUCAUGUUACUCAUGCCAGACAAUCGUAUCAAAAGUAUGUAGGCAACGACUUUAUUUAUAUCGUUUUAAAACAAAAACUGCCUUUUUCCAACACAUAUAAUAUAUUAUAUGUCUUUAAAUACCUAUUAGUCUCUAAAUUUUCGAUUCGUUCAUCAUGUGAUUAAUCUCUCGCGGUAAUUUAUCGUCGUUCACGUCCCAGUCGUGUGUCAGCAUCAUGCUGUGGCUGUUUUGAUAACAACCACUUGUUGCUUCUGCUUUACCGGCUUGUGCGAGCCGACAAGGUGUGGAAUUGGCUUCGUCGAUUCUUUUCCACGCUCCCGAACUCAUGACAACAUGACGGAUAGGUAUUGAACUAGUUACCCUUUAUUUGUAGAACAAGUCACUGAGUUUGAAAUUCAAUUUAUUAUAUGUAAUUAAGUAAAUAAGACCCAUUGCAAUGAAUUAAUGAGAAUGCGUGUUUGAGAAAACAUAAAGCAGAUUUCAUAUAAAAAAUCGGUAUGUGAGAAUUCUAAUUGGAAUGAAUUAUAUGUAAGUUUGGAUUGUUGGUUUAGAUUGGGCAAAUAUGAGUUGAUCAAUGAACUUGCCCAAUCAAAAAGCAACAUAAGCGCGAAGAUAUCAGAAUGACAACACGAAUAAAUGGAUAAAAUGGUAAAAACACAAUAGAAAUAUGAAUCGACUGCCGAUCGAAAAACGAGUUAAAGCCAUAAAUCAUAAAAAAGCUAGAUUUAAGCAACUAUGAAAAAAAAAAAAACAUUUGUGACAGCCUGACAGUUCGUCAAAGUGUAAUAAA